UGAGUAUUUUUCGCGCUGAUUGGGAGUAGAGUUUCCCGCAAGCUUUGAUUCAAGUUGAAUGAAAUCGGGGUUUUCAAGAUGAUUCAAACAGACUAUUUUCAAAUUUGAUAACUAUUCGAGAAAUUCAACAGUAGCUGAGUGAGGCUGGAGUUGGAUGGGAUGGACAGUAAGGGAUGGUCUGGGAUGGACAGUACCAGUAAGGGGCGGUCUCUGCCCUCGGUGCCAGAGGCCCUCAACCCAGUCAGCAUGAAGCAGCCAUCUGAGCCCCUGGGGGGGAGGAUGGGUCGGGGUGGGGGUGACCUGGGGGUGGACCCUGCCCUGCUGAUGGACAAGGCAGCUGCCCAGUUGGCCGUGACGCUCCAGGACAGUGUUCUAAACCAGAUGGCCUCUCAUGGUCAUAGUCAUGAGAGGCUGAAGGACCUGACGUCCCGCAUGCUGAACGGAGACCAGGACAAGCUUCCCAAGCUGUGCCCCCCCGAGCCCACCAUCCUCAAGGGUACUGAGGCCCCCUCCUCCCACCCCAGCCCCCAGAGGAAGGCCACCUCCCCCGAGAUUAAACUGAAGAUCACCAAGAUGGUGUCCAAGGGGAAGCCGGCGCGCUUCAAGACGUUCUGUGGAGAGGGGCCCAACCUGCCUACUGAGGACCCCCUGGUUCCAGCCAGUAGGGCGGGGAGGAAGAGGAGACUCAUCAAACCCAAACCUCUGCACAAACUUGCCUCUAACCAUGACCCAGUUCCUGUGGGAGUGUCAGCUGCCAGUCAGCCAGAGGAGGGCACUGCUGCACCACAACAGAUCCAGCAGGCCAGUCCUCUGGUGGAACAGAGACAGGAAGAGGAGCUCCCUGUCAAUACAGUGUUCUCUGUGGGUGAUGUCGUGUGGACCAAGGUGUCAGGAUACCCAUGGUGGCCUUGCAUGGUCUCUACCGACCCAGAACUCAACACACACCUCAAACGCAAAGCAAUUAACAGACAUACGUCUGGCAUCCUAUAUCACGUCCAGUAUUUUGGGAACACCCCGGAGAGGGGCUACAUCUUUCAGAAGAACAUGGCCUCCUUCAGUAGGGAGGAACAAUAUGUUGAGCUCUGCCAUGGCAACAAACAACCAUCUUCCCGGGUCUUCCACAGAAAGAGUACCACUUCUUCUGUACCCAGGAAGCUCCAUGCCCAAUGGGUGGUGGGCAUCACUCAGGCCAAGGAAGCUGCCAGCCUGGCCCUGGAGGAACGCCUGGCCAAGUACACCUUUACCUACGAUACUAACGGGCCACACCUCAACCCCCGCCUGCUGGCUGAGCAUGUCCCCGCUGAGCAUGUCCCCGCUGAGCUCGGUCCCGCUGAGCAUGGCCUCGACCUUGGACCAGAGCAGACAAAGGCCCAAACCCCGGACCAGGAGCUAUCCAGGCUGACCCUCCUGUCUCCCAGCCCAACCAGUCCCCAGGCCCAGCCCACCCCCACAGACUGCAGAACUUCACUGGAGAAAGAGAAGAGCGGCAGCCCCAGAACAACAGAUGGAACUGAGAAACAAGGGAAACGGAAGCAGACCACUUCAACACUGAAAAAGGAAACAACUAAGAAUUCUAAAGUCCUGGUCUCCCAUAAAGGACAAACAGAGAUGCCCUCUCAGGAUCUUGUCACCCCUAGCUCAGAGACUGAACUACUUGAACCUCACAAGCAGAAACAGAAGAAGUCCAAACUGAAAUCUCAACUACCUGCCAAGACGGGGAGGAAGAGGUCCAAAGGGGUUGCCUUGACUACCAACAUGCUAGAAACCCUGUCACAUGCACCUAUAGCUAAGAAGGAUCCUCAGAAGAAGCAGCUGCCUUGUAAACAAGCUCUAGAGAUCGAUGAGGACAAGGACCAACAACCCAAGAAGAAACGCGGAGUUGGUGACAAACAGAAGGCUGUGUCAGCAGAGUCCUCCGCCCCCACGAAGAAGAGAAACAGAAAGAAAACGGAGACACAUGUUAAAGGAUUCACUAGUUCUAAAGAACUAGAGAAGACAAAGCCAAUCAGGAAGAGGAGGCUGGACUCAGCCAGCCAGUUAGCAGCCUCCCAGACCAAGAAGAGGAAGAGAGCAGCAGCCAGUCCUGAGCCAGAGGGCUCUGGCAUUGAGGAGCGUCCAGAGUCCUCCAGUGACAGCAUAGACCAGACCAACGGGGCCAAGAAGACUAACGGAGGAGGCCCCAAGAAGGAAUCUGUCUGUCAGGUGUGUGAGCAGGCUGGAGAGGAUGUGGUGCCAUGUGAGGGUCAGUGCUGUGGGUCCUUUCACCUCUCCUGUCUAGGAUCCACCCUGAAACCAAAGGACAAGCUGCUCUGUCCAGACUGCACCUCAGGUAAGAGCAGUGUCAUCCUGUCUGUAGCACCUCAGGUAAGAAUAGGGUCAUCCUGUCUGUAGCACCUCAGGAAAGAACAGGGUCAAUCCUGUCUGUAGCAGCUCAGGUAAGAACAGGGUCAAUCCUGUCUGUAGCACCUCAGGUAAGAUCAGGGUCAUCCUGUAGCACCUCAGGUAAGAUCAGGGUCAUCCUGUCUGUAGCACCUCAGGUAAGAUCAGGCUCAUCCUGUCUGUAGCACCUCAGGUAAGAUCAGGCUCAUCCUGUCUGUAGCACCUCAGGUA